GACUUCUUCCAUCUUCAACACGAUGCAGGAGACAACUUUCGAGCCUUCUCAAGCUCAGCAGCAGCAGAGGCCACCAUGACGACCAACGCGCCUUCUGGUCCAGCGACCAUCCCCCACCGCCAAUUGCCUUCAUCCGCAAGCCUCAUCCCCAUCGACCUGAAGAUAGCCGAAGAACGUCAAAUCCUCUACAACCAACGCAUCGUCUGCGGUUGGAACAAAGACAAGAUCCCCAAAUGGGCGGCUGCCAUUGAAGACGGUACAAGGAGCUUCUUCUGGAUCUGCCUCGCACCCGACGCUGAAAAAGACAUUCCCACCUUCAAACGCGACGGCACGACGUAUAUGCCCGUAGGCCAUGUGUCGCUUGACAAGGUCGAUAUCAAUGAGCCGGAUGCUGUACCAGACACAACUCUCGCAGACCCCGAGAAGGGCGUUCUCACCAUAACGAGUCUUUUCGUGCUACCUGUCUUCCAUCGAUCUGGCCUAGGUGCUUUUGCCAUGGAUGAAUGCGAACGCCUUGCCCGUGUGCCGCCAUUCGGCUCAGAAUCCAUCGUCGCUGUUACGGUCAAUACAUUGAGCCCGAGAUAUUGUGUCGGUGGCGUAGAAGGACCGGAUGGCUUGGGUCAAUGGGAAAGAGAAGGAGCAGAUAGGCCUGUGCCCCAGAACAAUAUGCUCUGGUAUGAGAAAAAGGGCUACAAGAGAUACAAGGAGGCUCCGAGAUAUACUAGCGUUGGCAAGCAGGGAGAGACACUAUGGUGGUAUGCUUGUUUCAUGAGAAAAGAGCUAUCAUAAUAUACACCGUAAAGAGGCGUCUCCGCUCGCUCUGAAUUCAUUCUCGCAGGAGGCUGUUGUGACGCAAUGCUGUUUCCGAUUUUGGCUCUUCUGGUCAAUGUAUUCUCUUGUGUCGCGACUUCUUGGUGCACUGGUAAUGCAUCUCGCCUGAGGUUGAGAAGGUGCGAACUGCAUCAUAGAAACAUAACUCUCCUCCAGACGACACCUUGAGCCCCAGCAUCAACCUUUUUGUCCCAAUCAUUCCCUCUCGCAACUAACUC